AUGUCCUCACGCAGUCAGAAAAAACGUACGCAGGUCAUUCUACAGAAAAGAACACACUGCCCAGAAGAAGAUGGAUCAAUUAAUGAAGCUCAACGUGAGGAUGAAUUUGACUCUACCAAAAGCUACCCUCAUGUCCCUUUGAAACUGAAGAUUAUAAAAAGGACUUCUUCAAGGAAAUCUCCUGAAAAGACAUUAAGGAUUCAGGAGGAUUACUCCCCAGUGUUGGAAAAAUUUGGCAAGCCUCAUUCCAAAUUCUUGCAGAAAUAUUUUAACCUCAAGGUAAUGACAGAGCGAAAAUUGAGACGAGAGAAAGACAUUGGAACAAAAGAAGCCACUACAAGCCAACAUGCUUAUUUUAGGGAGUUCAAGCCUGGUAAAAUCAAAAAGAGCGACUCAAAGAUAGUUCCAAAGAGAGAGUUAUUUCGGGCUAAGACAAAUUAAGUACUCACCACCAGCACCAAGAGAACUCCCGAGUGAGGAGAAUACAGAUUAUACACCUGUGUUUAGCAAUUUUGUGAUAUCUAAAAAAUCUACACCCGUAAAUAAGAAAUGAUCCCUUAAGUCCCAGAUUGCCUUCCAGAAGAAAAUGUGAAGCCAGACUCCCUUGAUGAGCAUCAGCCAAUUAGGUCUGAAAGGAUCACCUGGCUUAGGCUUCUACUCCACAAGGAACUCAGGUGACUAUGCAACAAUAAGUUCUGAAAAGAAGCCACUCAAGGCUAAACAAGGUUCAGCUUCGUAUUAUAAAGAGUCCCCAGAAUCAGAGACUCUUCUGAAAGAGAGCAGUGAGAAUUCAGGAUUAGAAAAAUCACUUGCAAUAGACUCCAUCCCACACAAAUUGUUCAGAGGAAAUAAGCUGACUCGAAAUUCAGUAGAAAGAAUGUCUUCCUCAAGAAGGAGUUGUAGGAGCCGUCAGACUGGGGUCGAGACCAACAUCAACAAUAUCCCUGUAGAUAACCUUAAAAUCGAUAGUCAGAAACAGUCUUGAUCGACCCUUUUGGCCAAGGAUGUAGGCAAUAAGAUUUGCAAGAGAAUGUAUACUGAUCGAUCUAUCAAGCGCCCUCUUCUAAAACUUGGCAAAUAUUUGAAACUGAAAAGAGUGAAAAACUCCUCAAACAAGACAUCAAGAGUCAAGGUUAGAUCAUUCAAGAAAAAGGCCCCUCCAGAAGACUUCUUAACUCUUAUUGGCAAAAAAUCAAGAAUCAGGAGCAACCAAAGGAAGCCGAAGAAAGAAGGUACAAUAAACUUGUCACAAAAAGAAGGCACUCAAAGUAAGAAGAGAAUUGUAAUCCAAAAUGUAUGGAUUAACCACCAGCCUGAAUUGACAGUGCUCCAGUCAACAUGGAGUCAGAGAUAGUCCAUGCCAUCGAACUCUUCGCUGGA